AUGGCUCAUAAAAGCUGCAUUUUUGCUUUUAUACUGGUAGCAUCAGGGGAACUUUUUACAGAAGACAGGCUUUGUGACUUACCCAACAUAGAAAAUGGAAGAAUUGCUUUGUACUAUUAUAGCUUUAAAAACUACUAUUUUCCAAUGAAGAAUGAAGCAACCCUUUCAUAUUACUGUUUGGCUGGCUUUACAACUGAAAAUGGCAGUCAAGAGACAAAAAUAACCUGCACAGUGAGAGGCUGGGUUCCAUACCCCAAAUGUUACAAGAAAUGUACCAUACCUCUCUUGGACCAUGGUGUAUUCUUUGACACAAAACCCACUUACAUAAUAUGGGAGAGUCUACAAUAUAGUUGUAAUUCAGGCUAUUUGACUCCUGGUGGCAGCAGGAAUGGAACUGUACAAUGUAUUCCAGAUGGAUGGUCACUUCAGCCAAGAUGUAUAGAAGCAAGUGAGACCUGUUUAGCACCACAAUUGCUCCAUGGCCGCUACUCUACAACGCAUAAAGUUUUCAAGUUGAAUGAAAUACUCCAGUAUGAAUGUGAUGAUGGAUACCAGUCUGCAGGAGGCAACACAGUGGAGGAAGUACGAUGUGGGCCUGAAGGAUGGCUCUUUACUCCAAAAUGUACUAAAAUCGGAUGUUCAGCACUGAAUCCUAUGGAACAUGGAGGUCUCCAUCCCAGGAAGGGAAGCUACAAAGAAGGAGAUGUGGUUCAGUUUUUCUGUUCGGAGGAUUAUUCUUUAAGAGGUUCAGAGUUAAUUCAGUGCUAUUACUUUGGCUGGUACCCAGAGCCUCCAGUAUGCGAAGCAAGACGAAUCAAGUGCCCUCCUCCCCCUCAACCCCCUAAUGCCAAAUUACUGGCCAGCUUAAGAACAUAUCACCAUGGGGACGUGGUACGUGUGGAAUGUGAGCCUCAUUUUCAGAUCAGAGGGACUACAGAGGUCUGGUGUGAGAAUGGCAAAUGGACUUCGCCUCCCAAAUGCAUGGAUGUGGGCAGAGAAACAAGUGGUGAUGGUAGUCCCAAUCUGGAAACUGAGGGGAUGUGUGGAGCUCCUCCCGAAGUGAAAAAUAGUCACAUUCUUGGCUUGUUGUUGACCCGCUACAAAACUGGUUCCUCAGUAGAAUAUCGAUGUCUCAGGUAUCACUUGUUGAAGGGAUCUGGUACAAUCCAUUGCAUGCAGGGAAACUGGACAGAGCCACCAGUUUGUUUAGAACCAUGUUUUGUGGAUGAAGAAAACAUAGGUAAUUUCCACAUAAAGAUGAAAUGGAGGUUGGAUGAAGAACUAGUUUUCUUACACGGUGAUGUUAUUGAAUUUGUGUGUGAGCCAGGACAUGUUCUGCCACCCUUUGUUGGACAGCAGCAGUUGCUGGUGCAAUGUAAUCGUGGAGAAUUGAAAUAUCCAAAGUGCAUUUCCAAAGACUCUAAUGAAAACUGUGGUUCCCCGCCAGUCGUAGAGAAUGGAGCUGCUAUGGAAUCAUUGACCACAGACUUUGCCCAUCACUUAACAAUAGAAUACAGUUGCCAUGAACACCAUGUUUUGCAAGGCUCUAGGACGGUGUCCUGUUUAAAUGGCCAAUGGACUACCCCACCAAUUUGCAUAGAACCAUGUACCUUGUCAAAGGAUGAGAUGGUAGAAAAGAAUUUGGAUCUGUUAUGGAGCUUUGACAAUCGACCUUAUUUCCUCCAUGGAGAAUUCAUUCAGUUUGUAUGCAAACCACACUAUUUUAGUCCAUCAAAUUCACCAUCUGAUUUUAGAGUAAAGUGUUGGAAUGGACAGCUGUCGUAUCCAGUAUGCAUCGCAAGGAGCAAAUGUGAACGAGGAAUCGAAUCAAAUGCAAUGCUGCACCAAACAAAAGCACUUCACAUACUUAGCAGUGAAAAAGAAAGAAGCACAUCCCUAGUAUUGGAAGAAAUAAUUGAUGAAACAAUAUCAGAAAGACCUUUGCAAUGUCAAUCCCUGGACAAACUAAUCCCUGAAAGUGAAGGCUUUAGUUCAGAACAACUGGUGUCCCCUUCUCCCUGCCCCCAGGAGCAGCUUUUUGGUGAAUGCCAGGGCUGGGAAGGGAGAGUUCUGGGAAUGGGAAGGCAUCACGAUCGGGGUCUCCCAUUUGGCACUGGGCACUGGCACCAGGACGCCUUGAGCGACAAGGCGGUCGAUCUCAGCAUCGAUCCGGUCCUUGAGUGCGAAGGGGACCCGGCGAGGCUUGAGGCGGAUGGGGGUGGCAGUGGGGUCGACAUGGAGCUGGACCGGCGGUCCCUUGUAGCAGCCCAGCGGGCCCUUCCAAACGUCCUCAAACUUUGA